GGAGAGGCGGAGAGUUUUCAGCCAACUAGCACUCUGAAGCAACUCUCUCUUUUCAAACAAAUACCCAUCCCGCACACACACACUCGCACACACACACAGGCAGACUUUGGAUGCUUUGGCAGCUAUCGGGGACUGAGGGAAGAUCAGGCUGAGACACACACACAGACACAGGCACACACAUACACACACACACACACAGGCAGACUCACUCAGACAGAAAGACACACACACACACUCACACACACACACACACUCACAGACAGACAGACAGACUCACAUAGGCAGAGCAACAGACAAACAGACUCAAUUGACACACAGACACAGGCACACACACAGACUUGCUUCUAUAGACACACGCUUACACACACACUGACACACAUACACACACACACACAGACGGACUGGCCAUGACAGCGGUGGGGGAGCUGGUGCUGUUGCUGGGGCUCCUGCUGGCGGCCCACUGUGACGUCCGGGCACGGGACCCCGAGGUGGAGGAGGAAGAGGAGGCCACGGCCAGAGACUCGUACGGAGGAGCAGCAGCAGCAGGAGGAGGAGGAGGAGGCGCAGGGGGAGUCAUAGGAGCGGGGGGACACUACCCCCCACGAGGAGCCGGCUGGGACCCCCACGCUCUCCCCAUAGGCGGAUUUGGGGCGCAUCCACAUCCACAUCCACACCUGCACCCCCACAACAACAACAACAACAACAGCCCUCACCCCCAUCCUCAUGGCCAGGGACACAGACUUGGACAUGGACACGAGGCGUCGGGGAGUGCGCAUCACAGUCGGGGAGACCAGCAACACCUUGGACAUGGACACGUGAAGCAGGGGCAGCAUAAGCAAGGACAGGAGGCAGACUGGAGCGUUGCGGAUACUGCUGCUGCUGCUGCUGGUGGUGGUGACGCUUCUGCCAAUGGAGACAAUUCUGGACCACAGAUGAUGCCGGCUCGCACCGGGAACUGGUGUGCGUUUGUGCAUCGGCGUGCGGUGACCAUGGUGGUGUCAUGUGGCACGGAGAAGUACACCAUCAAGUCCCAGAGCCCCUGCCCCAGCGGCAGCCCCGACUGCCAGAUCAUUAUGUACAAGCUGUCUACUCGUCCUGUGUACCGUGAAAAGCAGAAGAUCUUCACAGCCCUGCUAUGGAGAUGCUGCCCUGGACACGGAGGAGAGAACUGCGACGACGAAGUUCCUGAGGGUCAGGUGACUGAUCCGGAGUCUCCAGACGUAGUGGGAAGGACCCAUCCUGGAGGACCCCUCGCCCACCACCUGGGACCAGACACUCAGCCUCAGCUGAUCCGAGACCAGAGCUGGGAGCAGCAGAGUGACUUUGGAGUGUCGGGAGGUCAGCUGUACGAGGCGCGGGGGACCCCACCUGAGAACGACACCUCGGCCGACCUCACCUACGACUACCCACACCACCCCCCCUCCUCCGAACAUGACCACGGGCAGCACACCUAUGAUCGACAAGUUCCCGUGACCGUGGACCUGGACGUUGACGGGCUGCCCUCAUACUCUGGGCCGCCGGGUCUCCAGGACCUGCCCCAGGUGGCGGCCAUCAUCCUGGCCCAGCUGCAGCCCCUGCUGGACGGCUUCAACAGCACCCUGCAGCGCCUCUCCCUGGAGGUUAGCGGCCUGAGCCGCGACGUGGCCGAGCUCAAGCGCAAACACGAAGACGAGGCGCCAGCGGCCGAGGAAGAGGAAGCAGAGGAGGAGAGAGGGGACCAGCAUGCAGAGGACCGCGGCGGAACGAGUGGUGCUGACCCAGAUCUUGACGGCGAUGCCGACCACCACGAUCAUCGCGACCCGGACCCCGAGGGUUUGGGCCACAUGCCGGACGAGCGGCAGCAGGAGCUGGACGAGUACACCAUGAGCCGGUACGAGUACCUGGAGUCCAAGCUGGAGGAGGGCUUCCAGUACAUAGCAGAGCUCCAGAGGUCGCUGGACGGCAGGCUGCACGACCAGAGGGCCUUCCUCACCUACAACCUCACCAGCUUCAAGACCGACAUCGACGGCAAGAUCAAGAGGCAGCAGAAGAACUUACAGCAAAGUCUGGCAGCCCUGAACUCCUCCAUCUCGGACCUCAGACAGAACCAGGACCGCCUGGAGGAGCAGCUCCAGCUCCAGGGGGGCUCCUGGCAGGGCAUCCCCAUCGAGAGGCCCGUCAUCCCAGCCCAGGACCAGACGGCACCACCCGCCAUACUUCCAGGCACCACCACCCACCACGACACGGACCCGCUGUGGGUGGCCAUCACCCGGCUGGAUGAGCGGGUGGUCAACAACACGGUGCGCCUGGACGGCCUGGGCGAGGGGCUGCGGGUGACAGACGACAGCGUCAGGAAGCUCCAGGAAGACAUGGACACGCUGGAGGAGAAGAUCAAGAACACAGGCCUCGAGAGCCAGAUCAAGUUCAUGGAGACGGGGCUGGAAGUGGACGCGGCACGCACCGUGGUGCUGCAGAGGGUGGACGAGCUGGCCAGCAACCUCACCAUGCAGAGUGACGCGCUGGGGGAGAUGGAGAACGACAUGGACUACCUCUACAAGCAGCUCUACGCCCAUGCCAACCUCAGCCACACCUUGGCACGCAUGCAGGAGGCCAUCAGCCAUGUGGACGCCCUCGCUAAGCAGAACAGAGAUUCCCUGCAACAGGGACACGGGCACGGACACCCGCAGGGACACGGGCUGGGGCAUGGCACAGGACACGCAAAGCCUGAGGGUUGGUACGACCUGCUGUCCUCCGUGGAGGACCUCAAACAAGGCAUGGGCCACGUGCAGAACUCGCUGGCGUUCGAGCAGGAGCGAACGAGGGUGCUCAACUCCAACGUGUCCCUGCUGCAGACGGCGCUGGCGGUCUGCCAGCAGGACGUCCUGGCGCUGCAGACCAAGGAGGACCAGAAGGAGGGCAAGGUGAAGUACCUGGAGAACUCCUUCAGCUCGCUGCUGAAGGACGCCGUGCGGCACGCCGAGGUCCUGGAGGUCAUCCUGGGCAUGGAGGUGCUGGAGUUCAUGGAGCUUCCGGAGAAGCAGAGGAUGCUCCACUCCAUCCCCGCCACCCUGAAGAUGCUCCAGGAGCUGAAGGAGCAGCUGAAGACCGAGGCGGCUGACCAGCCUUCGUCGGUUUUAGACGCUGCCCCGAGUGGCGUGGUGGCCAAACUGCAGGCGGAGGUCGACUCCCUGAGCAGAGGGCUGGAGAAUCACCUGCAGGAAUUCAAGAGCUUGUUCAGUAACACAGAGGGGCUCAGCGGAUCCGAGGUCAGCGUGGAUCUUGACAAGUUAUCAGAGAUCAUGAGGAGGAAGGAGGCCAAACAGCAGAGGAGGCAGCAGAGGAAAGCCAGCAAUGGGCGGAGAGACACAGAGCAUGUCAGCCAUCGGAACAAGAGGGAUGCAUCGCUCGAGACUAUGGGUUCCCAAACAGCCAACCUAGCAUUCAUUUCGAGCACCAAGAGCGGCUUCGCAAUGGACGGCCCACUGAUCUUCGAGGACAUCAUGUCCGACCGUGGUAACCUGUACUCCAUCUACACCGGGUUGUUCCGUGCACCUGUCAAGGGACUCUACCUGUUUGUCGUGACGCUUGACUUCGGCCCCGGGACAUCUUUGGCGCGCCUGGUGAGAGGCGACGGGAUUGUGGCUGCCAGCCUGCAUCAGAGCUCGCGAAGGCCCGCUGGUCCCGCCACUCGCGUCUGCCUGCUACACAUGGAACAAGGCGAGCAGUUGUACCUGGAACUGUCGCAGGGAACGCUGGAGGAAAACAAGCCAGAGGACAAUACUUUUGCUGGGAUAUUGCUCUAUCAAACCAUUUGAGGGCGCUGUUCCCAUUGGAAUUGGAUAGAGCUGGUUGAGUCUACUAGAACAUGUGUCAUUCAAAAGCAGCGGCUACUUCACCCUUCCUUCCCACUGCUCUUACUGUUCCAUCCCACCAAGACCUAGUCCUAUCAGACUAUUCUGGCCACCUUGUAUUUAUAAAUCCAGUCCCAGUUAGGACAUUUAGCACCUGUGAAAAGCAAAGACUGGUGGCUAAAGAGAUUACCUUGUAGUGGACACUUGAUGACUAGAAACAAUAUAAAAGGCAAAGGUGAAAAAACAGGACUGAAAAAGUAGAAUUCCUCCCAUGUAUUAUUCUGCCCAACUCUCAGAGAUGUCACUAGUCAUUAGAUAGAUCAUCAGAUCAGCUAGUUGAGCACAUUGGGUAGAAGAAAUGUGUGGCUGGACUUGUACCUCUAAACCCGUAAUGUCCACCCAUGGCGAACCUGCUGAUGACAGGGAAUUGAGCAGCUGGAAGACUUCUGGGUUUCAAGACAAUGAGUGCAUCUUAAUAUGCGACCUUGCCUCCUCCACUUGCCUCCUACACUCGCUUCUCGUCAUGAUGACAUCACUGACAGCAGCAUUAUAUUUCAAUAUCUUACAAAAGCUCAAUUGUAGAGUCUUUUUCUCAUUUGCAAUUGGGAUGGUGAAUGAAAAACAGUCCCUCAAAAGUUGUUGUGGCUAGGCUGACAGCUGGGAAACUUUAUCGUUUUCUCCACGGAGGAGGGCCCAGGAGGCGGGACGAGGAGACAAGCGCAAGUGGAGGAGGCAAGGUCGCAUAUUAAGAUGCACGCAAUCUAUGUCCUCGUGUCCAUCCUGUGGCCUCUGGGCCCUUGCCUUAGUGUUCUUCUCCCCACCUCCAUGGAGAAAAACACUGUAGUCUCCCCACAGUGCAGAGCAUGAGUUUGGGGGCUUUCUGCCAUUCGCCAUCCACAUUGCAAGUCAGAGAAUUGGGAUUGUUUUUGUAAGAAAUUGAAUAAAAACAUUGAUCAUUUACAAACCACAUCACAAGGCUAGGGGCCUCAGGUAAGGACCAGAGGACAAAGAUUGACUUGCACCCGUUUGACCAGUAUGAUGAGAAGCACUUCCGGGGAUUUUUUGUUCUGCAUAGCCUGGUUAUAGCCCCCUCCACAUAGCUUUUUUAAACCAUUUAGGCACCAGGUAUGCAUGCUUGAGUAAGCCGUUGAGCACAUAACUUAUUCUUGAUGCAAUGGAAACCAAAAUAUAUUUUUCCACAUUUAUAGAUGUCUUUACAUUGCUGUGAUUUUUGUUUGUUUGUUACUGUGUAAUGAAUACGUGAGAAAAUAUGAUUUUGCAUACCGCUGCAAUGGUCAUACCAGUAAAGACUGGUUGGAAUCACACAAUUGGAAGCUCAUAGGCCUACUAUUCAGCUUUUUAUCACCUCACCUGCAACACUCUAUGGCUGCCACAUUUGGUAUAUGGCUUUGGCACACAUAACCUGUGUGUAUUGUAAUUCAAUGGGCAAUUACUUAACCAGAUUCAAAAUGGCCAUGCAGUCAUGAAAUAGCCCAGUCCUCAUAUGACAGCAGUACUGUUGCUAAGUUAACACAGUUCACACACAUGCAGUUGUUACCAUCAUGGUGGACGAUAACCAUCUGGCAUCACAUUUGAAAUCAUUGUAAAAUGUCACCACAAGGUUGUGUACUAAAAUAAUGUUAUUUACUUAUAAAGUGAUACAUUGGA